CGGUAGCAAGUCCUUGGUGCUGCAGUGCCUGCGCUGCGUCCACCUCAUGUCACUUGACAUUUGCUGUGCCCGCCGCCCAGAACGCCCUGUACCUGCAUCCACCACCGCCGCCGCUACCACCACCAUUCUUGAACUGCAUGCAACCUCCUGCCAUCGGCACGAGCACGCGAUCGUCUCGAACCCUUCGUUCUCAACAACCUCACCCGUCGCCAACUCAGCAUCCGCCCGCAUCUGCAGCCCCUACUGCAUCAUGGCCGGCCGCUUCGUUCGGGCGUCCAAAUAUCGGCACGUCUUCGGCAAGCCAACGAGAAAGGAGUUUUGCUACGAUAACCUUCACAUUAGUCGCAAUGCCUGGGACACGAACCUGGUCAAGGUCAAUCCCGAAUACUUGUCAGUCAAUUGGGAUGCAUCGGGCGGCGGCGCCUUUGCUGUGAUUCCGCUGGCGGAGAAGGGCAAGCUCCCCGACCAGAUACCGCUGUUUCGCGGUCAUACCGCCGCCGUCCUCGAUACCGACUGGAACCCUUUCAAUGACCGCAUCGUCGCCUCGGCCUCCGAAGACGGCAAGGUUUUCCUCUGGGAAGUCCCAAACGACUUUACCUUGUACACGGAUGCAGAAGAGAUUGUGGAUGUCGCCCCUGUGAGCAAGCUGGGGGGGCAUUCGAGAAAAGUCGGCCAGGUCCUGUUCAAUCCCGCCGCCGAAAACAUCUUGGCUUCUGCUUCAGGCGAUUUCACAGUCAAAAUUUGGGAUGCCAGCACCGGUCAGUCGCCACUGACUCUACGGCACGCUGAUAUCGUCCAAAGCCUCUCGUGGAGCGCGGCCGGCAACAUGCUGGUCACGACGUCACGCGACAAGAAGAUCCGUGUGUGGGACGUCCGUCAGGAGAAGCCAGUGCACGAGGCGCCCGGCCAUAGCGGCGCCAAGAACAGUAGGGCCGUGUGGAUGGGCGAGCACAACCGCUUCGCGACAACGGGCUUCUCGCGCAUGAGCGAGCGCCAGAUCGCGCUAUGGGAGCCCGGACAGACGGAGCCUAUUGGCGGCUUCACCAUGCUUGACUCCAUCUCUGGCGUGUGCAUGCCCUUCUGGGAUGAGGGCUCCAACUGCCUCUACUUAGCUGGCAAGGGUGACGGCAACAUCCGCUACUUUGAGUACGAGAACGACAAGUUUGAGUUUCUCAGCGAAUACAAGUCGGCCGAUCCCCAACGCGGCAUUGCCUUCGUGCCUCGGCGAGGCAUCAACGUCCACGAGAACGAGGUCAUGCGAGCCUACAAGACGGUCAACGACGCCUACAUCGAGCCCAUCUCGUUCACAGUUCCGCGCCGUGCCGAGACCUUUCAGGCCGACAUCUUCCCUCCGGCCAUUGGCACCAAGCCCGCCGCCAGCGCAAAGGAGUGGUUCGACGGCAAGACGGCCAUUCCCGCCAAGAUUGAUCUGGAGAGCGUCUACGAGGGUGCGGCGCCCAAGGAGAUUCCGUCGGACUACAAGCCUGCCACUCAGCCUACACCGGCGCCUGCAUCCAAGCCGGAGCCCAAGAAGGAGGAGCCUAAGAGAGAAGAGUCCAAGCCGUCACCCACUGUACGCAGCCCUCCUCCGACCAUGAGUGAGCAGAAGGGGUCCAUCGCCGCUCUGGCCAACAAGUUCCAGGACAACGAAGAGGAAGAACCCGAGGAUGACGAGACCUCGAGCUUCGAGGAGGUGUCGAGACCGGCGCAGCGGACUACCACGCUGCCAACGCGCUCGGAGCCCAAGCCUGUGGUCGUCGCGCCCAUCAAGGCCCAGACCGCACAGGCUACCUCGCCGGUCAAGCCCUCUUCGCCCGUCAUUCGGACUCCAUCCGCUACGGCUUCGGCGGUGGCACCAUCUCCCGGCCCAGCCCCCGCUGCUCCCUCUACCAGCGGCGCCGGCGUCGAGUCCUCCCUGGACCAGAUAAAGCAGCUGAUCGAGAAUCAGACCCGGAUCAUCAGCGCGCAAAAUGACAAGAUCGGCCGGCUGGCCUCCGAAAUGGAGGCCCUAAAGAAGAAGAUGACGUCUGCUGGCUCGCAAGACCAGAGCGAGCGCAUCCGACAACUGGAGCUCGAGCUAGAGGAGGCAAGGUCCUAAUACCUCUUCUCUCUUUUUCUGUUGCUGGCUUCUUCACUGCCCUUGUCUGUGAUCGUGAAUUUGUCCAUGGACAAAGACGGAUCUCAGACUGUUGGAAUACGUGUGGCUGCGGUAAAAGGGUACUGGGGCCUGAUCCAGGCAAGGGACAGGCUUGGCAACGAGGAUAUUGGCGCAAAGUGAUGAUGAUGUAGCCGUGUUGUAUGGCAACGCAACCUGUAUAUCGAUGGAGUAGGGGGCAUGAAGGGAAAGGGGUCAGCUCUCGAUGGCGCUUCUACCAGGUCCAUGCCUUCCGCCGUGCUUUGCGUUUAUCCAUUACAUGUUUUGCCCGACUCAGUGGCGCAGCUGAGCAAGCAUCAUGCAACCCAGCAUGACCGCCUCAACCCGGAGAACCUCUCUCCUCGUGCCCCGUUGCCCACAUGCGCGACUCAGCCACCCCAAUCAAGCAAUGCAAGCAGGCCAACCAACCGAUUUACUUCGUACCAGCCAACAGCUCCGGCAUCAGCACCGGUACGGAGUAACUAGCAGGUAUCGGCAGAAACAAAAAAUGCCCCAACACUCCAAUGACACUUGAUGACGACGACGACAGUGAACGGUUGCCCCUCGCUCGACCCUAUCCGACCAAGCCAGCUCGCACGUACUAUCAUCACAUCCCAGGAAACAGAACGAAGGCAGACCUUCCUUGCCUUGUUCACAGCCAC